GUGCAAUGAGGGACAUGUUGGGAGACGCUUUGAAUGUAGCACAGAUGAGAUUAACAGUGAAGACAUGGAUACUUACUGCAGGAAAGAAAACAGUUCAGAAAUCUGUAGUAGUAAUGGAGAGUGUUCACCAUAUAUCUGUGGACAGUGUAGGAAGAGAGAUAAUAAAUGCAAGUGUGAUAAUUUCAACUGUGAUAGAUCCAAUGACUUUAUUUGUAGAGGAAAUGGUAUUUGCAGGAGUUGUGUGUGUGAGUGCUACCCCAACUACCCUGGCAGUGUGUGUGACUGCUGUUUGGAUACUACUCCAUGCAUGGCAGCAAAUGGACAGAUCUGCAAUGGCUGGGGCAUCUGUGAGUGUAACAGCUGUAAGUGUACAGACCCGAAGUUUCAAGGGCAAGCUUGUGAGACGUGUCAGUCUUGCCUUGGUGUCUGUAUUGAACAUAAAGAAUGUGUUCAGUGCAGAGCCUUCAAUAAAGGAGAAAAGAAAGACACGUGUGCACAGGAGUGUUCACAUUUCAACCUGACCAAGGUAGAAAGUCGGGACAAGUUACCCCAGCCUGUCCAGGUUGAUCCCAUGACCCACUGUAAGGAGAAGGAUGUUGAUGACUGCUGGUUCUACUUCACCUACUCAGUGAAUGGGAAAAGUGAAGCUAUUGUUCAUGUUGUAGAGACUCCAGGUAAAAGUCUGAUAAUGUCACCAAUUCUUUUCAUUUUCUUUUAUGCCUCAUUUCUACCAUUCAGGCCUAUGGUCAGGUUCCCUGAUACCCAUCAACAAAUUCCAACUCUUACUAUUUUAGGUUCAAGUUGA